AUGGACCAGGACUACGAGCGGCGUCUGCUGCGACAGAUCAUCAUUCAGAAUGAGAACACCAUGCCGGGCGUGGCGGAGAUACGGCGCACGCUGACCCCUGCCAACUCGCCUGUGUCCUCUCCCAGCAAGCACGGAGACCGCUUCAUCCCCUCAAGGGCCGGGGCCAACUGGAGCGUCAACUUCCAUAGGAUCAAUGAAAACGAGAAGUCACCGAGCCAGAACCGGAAGGCCAAGGACGCCACCUCGGACAACGGCAAAGAUGGACUGGCCUACUCAGCCCUGCUGAAGAACGAGCUCCUGGGGGCCGGCAUCGAGAAGGUCCAGGACCCGCAGACGGAGGACCGGCGGCUGCAGCCGUCCACGCCCGAGAAGAAGAGUCUGUUCACGUAUUCCCUCAGCACCAAACGCUCCAACCCAGAUGACGGCAACGAGGUGUCUCCGUACUCCUUGUCCCCUGUUAGCAACAAGAGUCAGAAGUUGCUGAGGUCGCCACGGAAACCCACUCGCAAAAUCUCCAAAAUCCCCUUCAAGGUCCUGGAUGCCCCUGAGCUCCAGGACGACUUCUACCUGAACCUCGUGGACUGGUCUUCCCUCAAUGUGCUCAGUGUGGGGCUGGGGACCUGUGUGUACCUGUGGAGUGCCUGCACCAGCCAGGUGACACGGCUCUGUGACCUGUCGGUCGAAGGGGACUCGGUGACCUCUGUAGGCUGGUCUGAGAGGGGGAACCUGGUGGCUGUCGGCACCCACAAGGGCUUCGUGCAGAUCUGGGACGCGGCUGCGGGGAAGAAGCUGUCCAUGUUGGAGGGCCACACAGCACGUGUCGGUGCCCUGGCCUGGAAUGCCGACCAGCUGUCGUCCGGGAGCCGCGACCGCAUGAUCCUGCAGAGGGACAUCCGCACGCCGCCCCUGCAGUCUGAGCGGCGGCUGCAGGGUCACCGGCAGGAGGUCUGUGGGCUCAAGUGGUCCACAGACCACCAGCUGCUGGCCUCCGGGGGCAACGACAACAAGCUGCUGGUCUGGAACCACUCAAGCCUGACCCCGGUGCAGCAGUACACAGAGCACCUGGCGGCUGUCAAGGCCAUCGCCUGGUCGCCGCAUCAGCACGGCCUGCUGGCCUCGGGGGGCGGCACAGCCGACCGCUGCAUCCGCUUCUGGAACACGCUGACAGGGCAGCCGCUGCAGUGCAUCGACACCGGCUCACAAGUCUGCAACCUGGCCUGGUCCAAGCACGCCAACGAGCUGGUCAGCACACACGGAUACUCACAGAACCAGAUCCUCGUCUGGAAGUACCCAUCCCUGACCCAGGUGGCCAAGCUGACCGGGCACUCCUACCGCGUGCUGUACCUGGCCAUGUCCCCUGACGGAGAGGCCAUCGUCACCGGGGCUGGAGACGAAACCCUCAGGUUCUGGAAUGUCUUCAGCAAAACUCGCUCCACAAAGGUAAAGUGGGAGUCCGUAUCAGUCCUCAACCUCUUUACCAGGAUUCGGUAA